CAUCAGCUGUGAGCUGUCCUCCAAAACACUUGCCUUUACUUAAAAAGGAGUCGCCUCAUUUACAAGCAGUUUAUGCACUUGCACUGACGUCAAUGGAGCUAUCUUGGAUGUAUAUAACAGUUCAGACAGAGGCGGUCUACUACAAUCGCCAUUUAGCGGGACUUUUCGUACCGGGUUCUCCAUUGACACUUUUCUAGACUUUCUCAGCACCAGGAGGCGAUCAAGGCACCGUUUUGUUUGUCUGUCCAGCACUAUGAAGCCUGUCCCCCUGGUCCUGCUCCUUGCCACUGUUCUCCUCACCUCUCACAUCCCCCCCUGUGUUAGUCGACCACAGGACCUGGCCAUGUUCAACGGCCACGGCUACAAGAGUCAGCUGGACGAGGUGUUCCAGAAGGCUGGCGACGCAGUUUCCUACCUUAUCGGAGAAAAUAUACUGCGUUAUUUGCAGAGAAAUCCCCGGUUGCAAACAGGUUUCCCGCCACAGUUUCCCUUUGAGGUGACGCCCCUAGGCUCGAGGGGUCUUGGUCAGCUGGCGCGCAGUUUGCCGCCCUUUGAGCAGCAGCGCGCGCCUGAGGAGGUUAACAGCCUGGAAGACUUCGUGGAGUUGACCAAGAGAAACGACGAUCCACCGAUCUCCAUCGACCUCACUUUCCACCUGCUGAGAAAUAUGAUCGAAAUGGCGCGGAUCGAGAGCCAGAAGGAGCAAGCAGAGUUGAACCGCAAGUAUCUAGAUGAAGUUGGAAAGUGAUACCAAGUGUAAUCUACGAGGGAGAAAAUAUCUCACGUAAAAAAAGCCCCUGGUACUCUCCCACGAAAUAGUUUCGAUUUUUCUUUGCAUUUAACCUUUGGUUUCUCUGUCAUUCCUCAUGCUUCGACCUGUGCGUAAAAGGAACUUAACCACCUAUCCAAAAAGUAUUUCAAAAUCAACGGGCUAUAAAACGAUUGACUACCAGUCUACCAAGACCAAAGCUACAGUGUACUCAUAUUGGACGACUGGAAUACUAUUCUUUGAGAUAUGGCAUAGUGUGUGAAUACUUCGCAUUUCACAACUCUAUUCUCACAUGUGAAUGUCAGGAACGUUGUAGUAGGCCUAAAACAAUAAUAUUGUCAGAAUCAAAUCGGGUUAUAAGUUGCCCUAAUGUGGAAUAAGUGCAACAUGUUUAUUAGUCAAAGUAGGGAGCUAACUAAGAUUUGAUGUCAACAGUAGCAUAAAUGGUUACUACAAAGUUAAUAACAAUGACAGAUAGCCUAAUCAUUGAAGUUUCCAGAAAUAAAUAUAAAAAUGUUGACAAUCUCUAUAGCCCUAUAACACAUUACCAAAGAAAAAUGAUGCUGUGUAAAUUGUUAUUGGCUAUCCUCUUAUGAUCUUUAAUGGUCAGUUGUUUGAUGGCAGGUAGCCGAGUGGUUAAGAGGUCACUGGUUUGAAUCCCUGAGCUGACUAGGUGAACAAUCUGUCGAUGUGCCCUUGAGCAAGGCACUUAACCCUAAUUGCUCCUGUAAGUCGCUCAGAAUAAGAGAGUCUGCUAAAUGACUACAAUGUAAAAUGUUGAUCAUUACUAUAUUUACAUUAUGUCACAUAUUUUGUUUAUGGUUAUUUUCAAUUUGCCCUUGUUUUGUUAGCUCACUUGGCAGACAGCCAUCCAGCCAGUAGAAGAAGCCUUUUCACAUUAAUCCAGAGGGGUGCACAUUUUAGUUUUUGCCCUGCACUACAAAGCUGAUUCAAAUUAUCAAAGCUUGAUGAUGAGUUCAUUAUUUAAAUCAGCUGUGUGGUGUUAGGGCAAAAACCAAAACGUGCAACCCUUGGGAACCCUUGGGAAAUGCUGAGGUAUGGGGUCUGCCAGUGCCCAAGCUUUUUUGUGAUACAACUAAUAUCCAAUUUUAUCUGGGACUAGGUGAACAUAUCCUAUACUUUACACCCCCCUUAUUAUAUGUUCGUCUGAGUGAACUGUCCUCUGUAGUACAGCAUGCUUACCUUAAAGAACAAAAAAAUAAAAUGCUUAAUUUUAUGUAGACUGCUUUGUCAAACCCUAAUCAUCUGGACAUAUCUUAUGAUCCCAUGGUUUAGCAGUAAAGAAAAGCUUUUUUGCCAUUUAUAUUUUGUAAUAAAAAAGUUCUGAAAAAAAUUAUAU